AGGUCACUUCCAAACACAUGUGGGAAAGAGACGUGUUUGGAUCAAUUUCAGCAAGGACACGUUCAAGAUGACAUCUCUAGCCCAACAGUUGAAGCGCCUUGCCUUGCCUCAGAAUGAUCCUAAUCUCUUCACCCGGCGAGAGGUGGUUUCAGUGCUUUUCAACCCGAAAGAGGCAGCAAGUACAGAUCGAAGCACCUUCUAUGCGCUUGGAUGCAAUGGACUGGAGGAGCUUCUGGGCAUCGAGCCUGCAUUUGUAGAGUUCAUGGAUACACUCUUCAGCAGUGCCUCCAUGGACCUGCAGCGUAGCGUACAGUCUAAAGAGGUCAACAAGAAGCUGGACAAAGAUAUCGACCUGUUCCUCACACGCCUAUCUCCAUACUUCCUUCUCAAACCAGCCUUGAAGUGCAUAGAGUGGCUCAUCCACAGGUUUCACAUCCAUCUAUACAACGCAGAAAGCCUGAUUGCAUGCGUACUGCCAUAUCACGAGACCAAAGUGUUUGUCCGGGUCAUUCAAAUCCUCAAGCUCGAGGAUCCAACCAACAGAUGGAACUGGUUGCAUCCUCUCCAGAAACCUGGAGUGCCCUUGGCUCGGGGGACUUUACUGACUCACUGCUACAAAGAUCUGGGCUUCAUGGACUUCAUCUGCAAGCUGGUCUCCAAAGGAGUCAAGGCUUACUCUGAAUUCGCCCACAAUGGAAGCUGUCCCCAGCUGCGUGUGAUCUUCUCCUUCUAUGCGUCCACUAUUGUACCAGCUCUGGAAGCCGCGGAGACCGUCACGGACCAGAUUAUUGCCAAGAUAUUACCCAACGUACAGCUGGGUUUGAAGUCAUCCCUGUUGGACUACAAGGCUGCCAGCUACAUGAUCGUGUGUCAGCUGGCGGUGAAGGUGGUGAUGGAGGCGCACCUGGUGGACGCGCUGGCCGUGCAGGUCUGCAAGUCCCUGUGCCGGGCCCCGCUGCUGACCAGAGAGGGCCUGGGCUGCCUCAUCAUCCUGCUGCAGAACCAGAAGGAGGGCGUGGUGGGACCCAAGGCGUACGGGCACUUGUGUGGUGUACCGUAUCUCAUCCCCACUGUUCAGAGCCUGGCGUCAUCCUACAACAUCAGCCCUCUUCUUCGUUAUCUCCUCCCUCUCCUCAUCCACUCUGUCGUCACUCAGUCUGAUGAGAAGGAGGAGAUGCAGACCGACGUGGCAGAGGAGAGCAUCAGCCAUGGCAGCCUGUUCAACCUCCUCCUCCAGGAUAUCCCUCUGACCAACAGCCUGGACGCAACAGUAGCCAAGUUGCUUCUGGAGGAGUACAUCUCCCAUGGCAACCAGUUGCCAUCAGAGGAGAUCUCAGCCCUCAACCAGCGGAUGCAGCCCGUUGUGCGACUGUUUGAGUCCAGGUAUUCUGGAGCUCUGGAUGCUGCUCUAGACAGCCAUGUCCCAGAUGCCUCCUCCUCUGCAGACAGGAACCUCUUCCACCAGUUCAUCUCCCUCUCCAUGAGCAGCGGGAAAUAUGAGAUCCUGGCUGACUCGGACACGUCCCUGAUGCUAAGUCUGAAGCACCCAGUGCCUGCUGUGAGGAACAUGGCCGUGGAACACCUCAAGGAGGUCCUUCGCAGAGGGCAGGCUGGCUAUGAUGAGGCGUUCCUGAAGGAUGCUCUGCUGGAGCGGCUGAAGGACCAGGUGCCUGCUGUGGUCUCUGCUGCCAUGCAGGCUCUGGAGCUGUACAUGGACCGCUUGGAUGCUGAAGACACCGUUUCCAGUUUGCUCUCACUCCUUCAACGUUCUGACCUCUCAACCCAAGGCCAAUGGUAUCCAGUGCUGCAGCAGGCUGUUCAGAUGCUGGACGACCCCCGACUGGUGGAGAGCAACGUGGAGCUGAGGGCCCGUAUGGGCUGGGAGCUGCUGCCCUACCUGGUGGUCACCAGCCCCCUGCCCGACUCCCCCGAGCUCCAGCUGGCCUCCUGCGUGGCCGAGACCACCCUGCUCUCCCAGUUCCCCCUCACCAAGGGAUGGGCUCCCGCUCUUCGUGAUGUUCUGGCAAAGACUCCCGAGGCUGAGAUUGUUGGAGCUGCCAAUCAGCAGCUCAUCUCAACCCUGACCACUAACCUGUCUGGUAUCGAUGCCGCCUCUAGACGCACUACUCUGGAAGAGGUGGCCAAGUGUCUGGAGAGGCAGGCUGAGCACAGUGGCGGUGUGCGGGAGCAGGCUGCCUUCCUGGUGCUGAGCCACACCCUGCUGCGGGGCAUGCUGGACCUCAGCGAGACCCAGCACCUCCUCACGGCCCACAGGCUCUUCUCCCUCCUGGAGCCCGCCAUCACCGAGCUCCUCAACCAACCUCCUGAGCAGGGGCCUGUGGAGUCGUGUCCUCCAGGCCUGGUGGCCAAGCAGCUGGGGGAGUACCUGCACCUGCUGCGCUCGCGCCAGGCCGCCCAACAGGAGAAGACCGCUCUGGUGCUCGCCAUACUGCAGCAGUUCAUCAGCAGCCUCAAGAGCCCGCAGUCUGGAUUCAAAGGUGAGACGUGGUGGAACCCAGAGAAGCUGGACACCAGCACCUGCUGCUACCUGCGUCUGCUGUGCCGGCUGUUUGACGUGGUGAUCACCGGGGCCAGCCGGGGGCCCCUCACCUCCUGCUUCAGGGCCCUGCUGCAGAAGCUUAUCCAGACGCAUCUGGCCGACACGCUGGAGCUCUUCAAGUUCCUGUCGUUGCUUUGGUGCUACGGCCUGAACUUGAGUGACCAGCUGGAAUGUAAAGUCGGUGCCAUCCUCCAGACCCAGGCUCUGUAUGUGGGGAAAGCCCUGAUGGCGGCCCAGACCGCCCCCAACCUUAACCUGCUGGCUUCAGAUGCCUCUCCAGUGGUGCCGUCUCUGCUGGUGUGCCUGUGCUCCCCGGUGUGUGAGGUGCGCCGGGCCGCGGUGGCCUGUCUUCAGGUGCUGCAGGGGGCCAGCUCCUCCCCGUUCCUCCCCGUGCUGCAGGCCCUGCUCAAGACCUCAGAGGAGCUCAUCUCCGAUGCCUCCUACCUCCAACAGGCCCUGGGGACGCAGUAUGACGAGGCCCUGUCAGGAGGAGCCAAGAGGAACCAGCAGCUGGCUGCCAUUGAACAGCUGCUGAGGUGCAUCCAGAGCCCCAGCUGCCCCGCCUACAUCGGCAAAGCCCUGCUCCGCGCCCUGCAGGACGUCAACGGAGAGAGGGUGCUGGGCGUCAUCCUGACGCCGCUGGACGGGCUCCUGGACCAGUGCGGUGUGGACUUCUCUGAGGUGGAGCGGGACGAGGACCUGCUGGUGCAGCUGAUGCUGAGCAAGUACAACGAGCACUCGGCCCCCCUGCUGGCCCGAGAGCCCCGCAGCCUGGAGGUGCUGGUGAAGGCCCUGGGCAUCCGCGCCAAGCCCUACGAGGCACUGCCCAGCGUGCAGGUCAUGGCACUGGAGAAGAUUACCAAGGCCUUCUUCUCUGCACUAGAGGAUAAAAAGGUCCAGCAGAAGAUUCUGGGGACGAUGUUUGACUUGCUGGUGGACUGCAAGGACACAGCAUGUGCCCAGGCUGUCAGCAACGUCUUCAAAGUGAUCGCUGUAGAUGCAGAGCUGGUGGCCAUCGAGUUGACCCCUGUGGAGAAGCCCAAAGUCACUGUCAGUGUGGUGCAGGCUCGCAGGAGUAUGAGACACAAGAAAGAACCAGAUGCCUCUCCUGCUGCCGCUUCUGAGCUGGACUCGAGCGUGUCGUGGGAGAGGGCCACACUCAUCCUGGAGCUCAUGCAGCACAAGAAGAAACUGAAGAGGGCCGAGGUGCUGGUGCCAGCGCUCUUCAACCUCCUCUCCAGGAGUCUGGAAGCAGCGUCUGCAGAGCAGGGUAACAUGGAGUACACCAAGCAGCUUGUCCUCAGCUGCCUGCUCAACGUCUGCCAGAAGAUCUCCCCUGACAACAAGCCCGUCAGUCCAGAUCUCCUCAGCGAGGACCAAAUGAAUGUGGAGCUGGUGGUUCAGUGUGUGAGGACGUCAGACAUGCCCCAGACCCAUCAUCAUGCCCUGCUGCUCCUGGGCACUGUAGCUGGCAUCUUCCCUGAGAAAGUUCUCCACAACAUCAUGCCCAUCUUCACCUUCAUGGGUGCGAAUAUCAUGCGUCUGGACGAUGCCUACAGCUUCCAGGUCAUCAAUAAGACAGUGCAGACGGUCAUCCCUGCACUCAUACAGGCGUACGAGGGUGGCUCUGCCCUGUCCCAGUCCCAGGUCCAGUCGGCCCACAUGGAGUGCGUGGUGACCAAGGUCAUGCACGUGUUCACGGACGCGCUGCCCCACGUGCCGGAGCACCGCCGGCUGCCCAUCCUGGUGCAGCUGCUGGCCACCCUGGGAGCCGGACGCUUCCUCUGGACCAUGCUGCUGCUGCUCUUCAAGCAGCACGCCACGCACACCACCGCACACAUCAGCACCACCGAGAAGGACUUGGCGCUGGAGAAUGAUAUGGACUUCUGGAUUUCCAUCUGCUGUGAGUUUGAUGUGGAGGACCAGGUCACAUCUCUCAUUAAAGUCCUGAAGUACCUCAUGGCACUGCCUCAAGACAAAGAGGAGGAUUCUGAGAAGAGCAAGGGUCGGCUGAAGAAGAAAGAGGAGAGCAUGAUGGAGCUCAUCUUCAGCGUUGACACUCACAGCAGCAAGGAGCUCCGUCACUUCAAAUUCCUCUCAGUGUCCUUCAUGUCUCAGCUGUUGGGCUCCAACAGAUUUGUGGGAAAGGUGGCAGAUCAGGAAAACAUGUCCACAGAAUCUCUGCAGGCCUUGCAACAGAGUCUACUGGAGGAGAUUCUGUGCUACAUCCAUUCCGUGGCUCACUGUGUGGAAGCCAACUGCAACAGCCCCACCGCCAAGUUCUGGAGAGCCCUGCUCAACAAGGCCUAUGAAGUCCUCGACAAAGUGAACUCCCUGCUGCCCACUGACACCUUCAUCAAGGUGAUCCGUGGUCUCCUUGGUAACCAGCUGCCGUCUGUGAGGAGGAAGGCCAUGGAGCUGCUCAACAACAAACUGCAGCAGAAGACGCAGUGGCAGGAAGACCAGGUGGCAGCACUGCUACCUCUCACCGGAGACCUACUGAGCAUUCUUGGCAGCGGUGGUGGUGAGCAGGCUCCUGAGCAAGAGGAGCAGGCCAUCAACAGGCAGACGGCCCUCUACAGCCUCAAGCUCUUGUGCCGCAGCUUCGGCCCCGCCCACCCGGAGGCCUUCGUGCCCGUGCUGAGCCGGGCGGUGGAGCUGCUGGUCUCCCCCAGGGAGGAGAGGAACGUCAUGGGCAGCGCCCUGCUCUGCAUCGCCGAGGUCACCAGCACCCUCAAGGCCCUGGCCAUCCCGCAGCUGCACAGACUGAUGCCUGCUAUCCUGGCCACCCUGACGGAGCGUAAGGACCUGCUGUCCAAUGAGAUCUACCUGCUGAGUGCUGUCACGGCUCUGCAGAAGGUCUCGGAGACGCUGCCUCACUUCAUCAGCCCCUACCUGCUGGACACAGUACUGCAGGUGACGCGUCUGACUCGGGUGGCAGAGCAGACCACCACGUGCCCACAGCUGGCAGUCCGCCUGUCCUCGCUCCGCAGUACCAUAGCAACCAAGCUGCCCGCCAGGGUGCUGCUGCCCACCUUCACCAAGUGCUACCAGCGCCUGGUGGACUCCCAACAGAACCGCCUGGGACCACUGAUGGCCAUUUUGAAAGAGCACAUCACUCACAUGGACAAGGAUCAGCUCAACUCCCACCAAUCAGAGCUCACCACAUUCUUCCUUUCGGCACUCGACUUCCGAGCCCAACACUGCCAGGGUGACCUGGAGAAAACCAAAGAGAUUGAGGGCUCUGUGAUCGACUGUCUGCUGGGCAUGGUCAUGAAGCUCUCAGAGGUCACCUUCAGGCCUCUCUUCUUCAAGUUAUUUGACUGGUGCAAGACAGAUGGAGCGUCCCGAGAAAGACAGCUGACUUUCUACCGGCUGUCAAACAGCAUUGCUGAGAAGCUGAAGGGUCUGUUUGUGCUGUUCGCCGGCCAGCUGGUCAAGCCGUUUGCAGACACACUCCGACAGAUCCAGUCGACUAAUACAGAUGAAGCCUUCUUCGAUGGUGAGGAUGAUCAGGAGAAGAGCUGCCAGUUGCUGCAGUAUGCGCUGGACUGCCUGCAUAAGGUCUUCCUGUACGACACGCAGCGCUUCCUCAGCAAGGAGAGAGCAGAGGCCCUCAUGAACCCCCUGGUGGAUCAGCUGGAGAACAUGUUGGGCGGAGAGGACGUGUACCAGGAGAGAGUCACCAAACAUCUGGUGCCCUGCAUUGGCCAGUUUGCUGUUGCCAUGGGGGAUGACUCCCAGUGGAAGGUCCUUAACUACCAGGUCCUCCUGAAAACCAGACACAGCUCUCCUAAGGUGAGGUUCUCAUCCCUGCUCAUGGUGCUGGAGCUUGCUGGAAGGCUGAAGGAGAACUACAUGGUCCUGCUGCCUGAAACCAUCCCCUUCCUGGCAGAACUCAUGGAAGAUGAGUGUGAGGAAGUGGAGCACCAGGUCCAGAAGGUCAUCAAUGAAAUGGAGAGCAUCCUGGGAGAGCCACUGCAGAGCUACUUCUGAACAACCACCAGAUGGCGAUGACGAGCCGUGGCUUACAGCAGAGUCCUGUCACCUGUGCAGAGAGAGAGCCUGAAUGUCGUCUACCUGCCCACAUUAUAAUGCCAGCAGUCAAAUGCAUAGAAUGUGUUCACGAUUAAUUAGGGACCUAAAUUCUAGUUAUAAAAGUGUCUAUAAAGUGUGCAUUUGUAAGAGUUUAUGAAAAUGUGUUCGACUUUGUUUGUCUCGUUGAUUUCAUAAUAAAAUGUGAAUGGAAUGGGA